ACUCACUCAAGCUAGAAGUUUUCUCCUGAAGAAUUCUCAGUCGUAGCUCAUCUCCGUCCUCGCUGCGGCUCCACGUGAUAUCAGAAAAUGGGUGUCUUCACGUUUGUGUGCAGAAACAGCGGCGGAGAGUGGAACGCCAAGCAGCACGAGGGAGACCUCGAGGCCUCCGCCUCUUCCACCUACGAGCUCCAGCGUAAACUCGUCCAGACCGCCCUCUCCGCUGACUCCUCCGGCGGAGUUCAGACCUCCUUCUCCCUCAUCACCCCUACUUCUGCCGUCUGCCAGGUGGUGGUCGGUGGUGCUGUGGGUGGAGGGUUUGUAGCUGGAGGAGCUGCUCCAGGCGGAGGUGCCGGUGGUGCAUCAGAGGCAGCAGCUGCCCCUAAGGAGGAGAAGAAGGAGGAAGUUGAGGAAGAGGAAGAAGGAGAUUUCGGUUUCUCUCUCUUUGAUUAGAAGCUCCUUUAAGGUUAGUUUGAUCAGUUUCACCUCUUUUUCUGGUCUCUUACUUUGUUUCGAUCUGUCCUCUUCUCAAAAGACUGAGGGUGUAAUGAGAAUAUUAUAGUAAGGAUAUGAUGCUGUUUCCCCAAAUCUAA